AUGCAAUCUCCGUCCGAAGACAAUGUGGUUCGCCUGCUGGAGCUGUGGUCGCCCGAGUGGAAGUCGCCUUUGGAGGCAACGCCCCCUGCCUCCAAGGCUUCCGUCAACCGAGCCGCCUGCGCGGCUCUCAAUCACUUUCUGCGAAGCCGCUUUCCCGAUGGGACUUGGACUUCCCUCGCGGUGGUGAACCCUCGCAUUGGCCUGCAUCGAGACAUCCAGAACAUGAUUGGCAAGCCGAACCACGCUAUCGCUCUCGGAUCCUUCACAAGGGGCAGGAUCUGGGUCGAAGACGAUGAUGGCACGUCUUCGGAACUGCGAGUUAUGAAGCGCAACACUCAGCAGCUUUGGGGCUCUUGGAUGGACAUGCACGACAAGCCCGUUUCUUUCAACGCUCGCCGCUUUCACAAAGUGGAGCCGCAUGUGGGCUGUCGCCGCUUACACGCGCGCUGCUCUCGGGAAAAUUGCGAUGCGGCCGCAAGGCUGGGCUUCCGACAGGAAAGCCUGAACAACAGAAGGCAGCGAAGGCACCAAGUGAAGGCACCAAGUGAAGGCACCAAGUGA